AUGGAGGACUUGUCAGACCCUCCCACGGACAUCAACCCGUACGAAGUCCUUGAGAUCGAGAACACUGCCACGUCCGGCGAUGUCAAGUCCGCAUACAAGAAGCUAGCUUUACGAUAUCAUCCAGACAAGGCGCAUCCCGAUGCCAAAGACACUGCCCACGCCAAGUUCCAAGAAAUUGCCUUCGCGUACGCCAUUCUCUCGGACGAGCGACGGCGCAAACGCUACGAUACUACGGGAAAUACCUCAGAGUCUCUUGAUCUCGAAGACGACGACUUCAAUUGGACUGAUUUCUUCCGGGCACAGUGGGCGGAUACUGUUACGUCGACUACCAUAGGCAGCUUCAAAGAUAGAUACCAGGGCUCAGAUGAAGAGAAACGUGAUGUUCUAGUCUCUUAUACCCAAGCUCAGGGCAAGCUCAACUCUGUAUUCAGUCAAGUCAUGCUCAGCAACCCUCUCCAUGACGAAGAUCGAUUCCGUGAAUACAUAGAUCACGCGAUUGAGGAUGGCGAGGUCGAGGCAUACGACGCGUACGCCAAAGAACCCCAGAAGCAAAGAGAUCAACGACAGGCAAGAGCAAAGAGAGAUGGGAAGGAGGCCGAAGAUUAUGCGAAGAAGUUGGGAAAGUACGAUCAAAUCUUCGGUGAUGGUUCUGGCAAAUCGAACAAGAAGGGGUCGAAACAGGAUGAAGGCCCAGAUCUUACGGAGCUGAUACAGCAGAGACAGAGAAGCAGAGCAGACACAUUCCUCGAUGAUCUUGAAGCCAAGUACGUGGAACCAAAAAGGAGUAGUGCCAAGCGCCAGAAUGGAAAGAAGAGAAAGCUCGAGGAACCUCCCGAAGAGCUUUUCCAGAGAAGCCAACAGAAGAAGCAGAAGGCAGCACAACCUGAAGACUAUGAUGAGGACGAAGAGGAGAUAGACCUGGAAAACGCUACUCCGGUAUCUGAGGACGAGGAUGAAGAAGAAGUGCAGCCGGCCAAGACAAGGAAGAGGGUUGUGAGAGGGGGAAAGGGAAGGAAGAAGGGUAUUGGUCAAAAGAAAUAG